GCGGAGCAGCGGCGUGAAGGAGAGAGAUCGGUGACAGACCGGCCACGGUGAGGAGGAGGAGGAGGAUGAUGAUGAUGAUGGACCCGCUGGACGCGGUUCUGGACGAGGUGGCGCUGGAGGGUCUGGACGGGAUCAGUAUUCAGACCCUCUGGUUGCGGCUGCGGGGUCGACAGCCCGAGUUCGGCCUGAAUCUGGAUCCGCUCAGUCAGCAGUUCAUCUGGAGCUGCUUGAUCCGAACCGCGGAGAUCCGCUUCUACCUGCUUCCGGUGGAGCGAGGAGCCGUGACCCUGCGCGACCGGUUCGUGGAGGUGGACCGGGACACAGGGAUCCAGAAGCAGCGUGGGUCCGAGCAGCAGGAGGUGUAUCCGGUCAGCGUGGUUCUGGACGAGGCUGGGGUCCAGGGCUCGUGUGUGUUCUUCAGAGAGAGAGUGGAUGUGAGCGAGCAGAUCCGGAGCUCUGACCUGACUCUGGAGCAGACUCGGAGCCGCUGGGGCGAGCGGCUGGUGCUGGUGGCGUCUCAGGAGCAGCGUUAUCGAGCUCUGAUCGGAGACGAGGGGAACCCUGAGCUCAAGCUCCCUGACCUCUGCUACUGCAUCCUGGAGAGACUGGGCCGCGCUCGCUGGCAGGGAGAACUCCAGAGAGACCUGCACACACACACCUUCAGGAUGGACGCGGGGAAGAUGCAUUACUUGAGGAGGACUCUGGACAGGAACGGCCUGAUCACUCUACAGUCACACGUCGCUCGCCUGCCGUCUGGAGCUCAUCAACACUCCCUGCUGCUGCUGCUGAAGCGCUUUCACGUGGACAGGAGGAGUAAGUAUGAUAUCCUGAUGGAGUCCGUGUCUAACGUCCUCUCUGAGCUUCCUGAUAAGACCGGCAUCAUGCUGAAGCUCCGGGAGCAGCUGCACGUGAGCGAGCGCACCUUCAAGCGCGUGUAUCAGUACAUGCUAGCGGCUAAGAUGGUGAGCGUGUUGAGGAUCCCUCUGAAGGAGCUGGACCCCGGCGGGGGACCCUUCAAAACGCUGAGAGGCACGGACGUGUUCGUUCGCUGUCUGAAGCUGCUGAAGCCGUACGGACAGAAGGAGGAGGAGGACGAGGAGGACGAGAACAACGAUGAAGACGGCGAGGCGUCCGUCAAGAGGAGCGUCCUCAGCGAGCCACGCAUCGUCGAGAGAGACAUGCUCACGCAGGCCUACGACAUCGUGGUGUCGACCGGGACCCGAGGGAUCUCUCAGUCAGCGCUGCGAGGACGACUCAACAUCGGGAAGCUGGAGGGACGUAUGAUCUGCAGGUUACUGGACCGGAUCGGCACGAUCAAGGGCUUCAUGGAGGACGAGGGCCGGCAGAGAACCACUAAAUACAUCAGCAAGCUGUUUGUGGAGCAGAGCCAGCUCAACCAGCAGUUCACUAAAGAGCGUCAGCGCGGGCAGCACCUGCGCGUCACACACCUCUCUGAAAACCAGAGCCAAGCGGGGCCGGGGCCAGAGGCGGAGCCAGAGGCGGAGCCGGAGCAGAAAGUGAAGGAAGCGCCGCACAAAGCACACGUACCCAAGCAGCUCAAACAGCCCAAGCUCAGCUUCAGCAAACAGACCAAGAAGAAGCCCUCUGCGCCAGCGGGCGGGGCUAAGGCCUCUCAGGAGGAGGAGGCAGCUGACUCCGCCCCCAGCGUGUGCGCCAGCCAAUCACAGCAGCCGGAGGAUGCACAGCCGGUGAUCGUGGAGGUGCUGACUGAGUGUAUUUCUCAGCAGAAGGCUAAGAGGGUGGAGGUUCAUGAGACGUAUCGUCUGCUGAAGCGUAAGAACAUGAUCAUCGAGGCGGUGCGCUGCAGCAAGAUCAUCGAGGGCUUUUACACGCUGCAGAAGCUGCUGACGGAGGAGGAGAAGAAGGACGGCAUCAGCACUAAAGUGUGUAAGAAGAGUGUGGUGAGACUGAUCCGCUCGCUCUCCAGAGAGGGGCUUCUCAAACUCUACCGCACCAUCGUCAUUCAGGACGGAGUACAGAAGAAGGUGGAGUUUGUGGUUCACCCGUCUGUGACGCCCGAUGAUCCUCUGCUCAGAAGCACUAUAGAUCAGAUCCGGCUGCGCAUGUCCAGCUCAGCCUCGGCCGCCCGCGCCGAGCCUCCGCCGGAGAAGCCCAGGUCCAUCGCUCCGGAGGUGAAGGACAGUAAAGCGUCUCGGGCGUCUCACGGCAGCGGUCUGAAGAAAGUGUCCGAGCAGAUGGGCGUCAAAGCGCUGAAGUCCUUCAAGCCGGUGCUGGUGCCAGGACUCGGACGCUCCAGAGGCUUCCUGCCCAAGAUGCCCCGUCUGCGUGUGGUCCACUCCUUCCUGUGGUACCUGAUCCACGGUCACCCUCUGCUCCGCUGCGCUCUGGACGCUCUGCCGCCGGACGAGGACCGCUGCCUGACCGAGGGACAGUUCAGAGUGUACACACAGGAGCACAGCUGGAAGAGGUACAUCCCUCCCGUUCCGCUGCACAAGGGCUUUGGCCCCGGCUGGGCCCUCAUCAGUGAUGUUCUGGUGUCUCUGCCGCUCAGCAUCUUCAUGCAGGUUGUGCAGGUCAACUACCAGGUUGAAGGUUUGGAGCAGUACCUGAAAGAUCCAGUGAAGCAGCAUUACCUGAUCAGAUUCCUGCCUGCUGAGAUUAAAAGACAGCUGCUGCACAGGAGGAAGUACAUCUUCAGUUUCCACGAGAGUCUGCAGCGGUUGUGUUUCAUGGGUCUGCUGCAGUUCGGCCCGACUGAGAAGUUCAUGGAUAAAGACCAGGUGUUUGUGUUCCUGAAGUCGAAGGCCAGGGUUGUGGACACGACGGUGUGUGACCCGCACUAUAACCUGGCGAUCGAGGGCCUGCGUCCGUUCGAGAGGAGACACUACGUGUUCAGCUGCGCUCAGGACGUGGAGAACUACUGGUUCGACCUGCUGUGUGUGUGCCUCAACACUCCUCUAGGUGUGAUCCGGCCGCGUCCUAGUGAAGAUUCAGCGGAGGCGGAGGAGUCUGAUGUCGUCAUGGCAACGGAGCGUGACUCCAGGCUGCUCUACACGUUACAGGGCAGCUGUGAAGUGGUAGAUGACGGCGUUACCCCCGGCGACGGGCAAGGUGCAGGCGGACUGGACUCAUCCUUCUUCAGCCAUCUGAAACGCAACUGGACCUGGACCAGUCACCUGAUCAACCCCAGCAAACAGAGCACUGGAAACCAAGAGACAACAACCCAUCAUACGGUCCGACUGAGGAACCUGCUGUCCAAACUCACACUGCCCAAACCUGCCACGCUCCCCGCGCCCCCUGCUGUCCUGGAGGAGGAAGUGCGCACCAGCACAGAGCCGUCCAGCAGGAACCAGGAGCUGCGCGGAGGACGAAACCUCAAACGCAAGAGAGAGAAGAAGGACAGCAGCAAACCGGCCCGCAAGAAGAAGAGAGCAUGCCCGAGCAGACAGAGCCAGGCUCAGGACGAGACGGACCGCCGCGCUCUCCUGCAGAUGACCAGACAGAGAGUCACCUGGACACACCUCGAGGACAGCCUGCUGAUGCUGUGCCGCGUCGCCAGCCACUUCCUCAACCGCAAGCUGAAGAGGCCGUUCGUGCCCUGGACGGUGGUGCGUGACGUGCUGCACGCAGAGUUUGAGUUAUCUCUGGAUAAAACAUCGCUGUCUGUCGGCCGACGCGCACGAUACAUCAUGAAGAACCCCCAGACCUGCCUGAACUACAGGAUUUGUCUGGCUGAGAUGUAUCAGGAUAAAGAGCUGAUGGCUAAAUUCAUGAACCGAACUGGUGACUAUAAAGAUGUGAAGGUGUGUGCUGUGGAGUAUAAAGAGUUUGUUCGUUCCCUGAGGUCAAAGUUCAGCUCCAGCUACGGCUCCAGUGAUGUCAUCAUACCAGACACCAGAGAGCAGCUCUUCAACAAGUUUAAGGUGUUUGCGAUAGGAGAUGGAUCAACUGACCGCACUAAAGACCUCAUCAAGAGGGAAGAGGACAUUCAUGUUCUGGUGCUGUUUAAUUUGAUUCAGAGCACACUAGUGCUCACCAACGCCCAGAUGAAGAACUACAGGCCCUUCCAGACGUUCUGUCUGUACACACGCUACAGGGAGGAGGUUUUAUCUCAGGCCUUCCAGACGUGUCGUGAUCGUGCUCUAGUGAACCGCCGCCGGCCCAUGUCCAUGUACGGCCUGAAGAAGUGCCACGCGCUGCCCUUCCUGCCCAUGUCUUACCAGCUCUCACAGCACUACUACAAGUUCUUCACGUGGCGUUUCCCCAGCACCAUCUGUAACGAGGCGUUCGAUCUGCUGACCGCUCUGUACGAGGCCGGCGGCAGCGACAGACCCAGCACCUUCACCUUCCAGAAGGAGCCUGAGACGUCUGGAACGCAGCCGGAGAUGGGCGAGGAGACGCAGGGCAUGCUGCAGUUCCCCAUGGAUGCUCCGGGGGGCGCCAGCGCCUGCUGCCUGACCCUCCUGACCCUGGGCCUGUUGUCUGUGGACAUCAGCAUCCCGCAGCAGAUCGUGGUGGUGGACAGCACACUGAUGGACAGUGAAGUGGUCAAGAGCCUCACUAAAGCGCUGGAGGAGGAAGAGGAGGAGGAGGAUGACGAGAAGAAGAGGAGGCUGGAGGUCAAACCCACUCAGGCGUCUCACACUAAUUACCUGCUGAUGAGGGGAUAUUACACACCUGGAAUCCUGCGCUCUCAGACACACAACUCCAACAGCACCGACAGCAUCAUGGUCAACGCCUGCAGCGUUCAUCUGCGGCUGAGGCAGACGCCUACACACACACUCUUCAGCAGCGCUGCCGAUGUUUCAGCUCUGUCUCCGUCCACUCCUGCAUCUCUCCCGCCGUUCUUCACGCGGGUGUACCGCUUGGAUCCCGCCGAAGCGCAGGUGUUCCUGGAGCGCUGUGUGAGCAUGCUGGGAUACGGAGAGCAGGACCUGCAUGCGGUGAUGGAGAUCAGGCGCGCAGUGGAGGAGGAGGCGGAGUCUGGUGUCGACAGACAGGACCUCUGUGAGCGCUUCAUUCACCUGGACCAGCCCGAGGAUGGGCGGAGCAAAACACUCCUGCAGUACAUACAGGAUCUGCUGGACGGAGAGCAACUGGUGGAGGUGGGCGCUCUCUCUCAGAGGCUGGUGUGUGCAGAGGCCGCAUCUCAUUGGCUGUUACAGAGCAGCUGUGGGAGUAUGCAGAUGCAGCAGACGUCGCCAGCGAGAAGCCCUGCCCCUGACUCCGCCCACGACACACCCCCUACUACAAAGAGACGAGCCUUGGAAUCUGAAUCAAUGGAGACAGUUGCUGUGGAUCCUGUCUCCACGGACACAGCUCUCAAUCAGACCAUUCCCACCGACACAGCUGAGAUUCAGCCCGUUUCCAAGGAGAUUGAUGCUGAGGAGGAGGUUGCUAUGGAGGCAGUGGUCCAGAAAGAUGACGGAGCAUCAGAACAGCAUAUGUCAGAUGACAAAAGGGCAGACCCCACCCCUUCUCAGAUGAAAGACGGAGCUGAAGGAGUUGAUCAGGACUCACGCGGGUCAGUGUGCUUCGUCAGCCGGCCGUGGCGUGUGGUGGACGGCUCUCUCAAUCGUCCGGUGUGUAAGGGCAUGCUGGAGUCAGUGCUGCUGCACGUCAUGUCCAGCCCGGCUCUGCUGGAGUCUGAGCUGCUGCAGCACUACGCUCAGGUGCUUCAGCCCGUGGUGGUGCUGGACCUGCUGCAGGUCCUGGUGGACGUGGGCUGUGUGAGGAAGCGCUACACCGUCCAGCAGCACAAACCGUCGCUCUUCUCUAAGCCCAGAGCGCCGCAGGUCAAAGGUCAGGCCGAGGUCAGUCUGAGGGACGCUGGGACGGUGUUCUACGAGCCGACGGUGGACUGCGUGCUCAGACUCGCACGGCUCUUUCCUCACGAGCUCAACUGGAAUAAAUGGGUACAGCUGUGUCUGCGCGCCUGAUGAUGAUGAUGAUGAUGAUGAUGAUUUAAUAUCACCUGCUUUUGACAUCUUUUAGUUAAAGAUGUUUCUGGAGAAGCUGAAGCCAUUUUAUUUAAUUUUUUUUGACGACAGGAUAAACACUGAGAGACAAACUGUGAGAAAAUGUGAUCACAGAGGAAGAGGAUCACUGAGAAAUGAUGCUGUGUAAAGUUCUUCCACUGCGACAUGGCUUUAUUUUGGAUGUUUUUGGAGUUUUAAGUUUGUGUACUUGUAUGUUUCUUUCUUACUAAUAAACAGUGUGCAAGAGCUUGUAUAAAAUUUGA